CCCCUUCCCCUCCCCUCCCGCCUUCUCCUCCUCUUCCCCCCCCCUCCCCCGGUGGCCAUGUUUUCUCUGCUGGGACGUGGCACUGGCACUGCUGCCGCCAUGGCAACACGCCGCUGGCUGCAGGCUACGGGCACGGGCACAGGAAUGACUGGUGCAACAGUGGCUGCUUUGUUGCAGAACAUGAGACCUUGUGUAGAUGAAGCUGCUGCUGCUGCUCACCUCGCCCGUCGCUGGGCUUCGUCAUCGGCCUUUCCCUCCACCCUGGUGUGGGAGCCAGUGCCCGACCCGGAGUCGGCAUCCAUGCCCGCCGGCCGCUGCGGACUGGGCGCGGCACAGCUUGGCUCUCACGUCUUUGUCCUUGGUGGCGAUGUGGGCUCGCCGCCCGAUGGCACAGCCUCGAGCGAGUUUGUGGUCCGCAAGGUCGUUUCCUCGCCCAACAAGCAGCAAGCGCCCAAGGGCUGGGUCGCCGUCCAGGCGCUCAACGCCGGGCCCGACGCCCGCUUCGGCCACUCGUUCUCCACCUCGGAGUCAUCGCUCUCGCUGUUUAUGGCCGGCGGCUCGACUGGACGCAACGCCCGCACCGCAGAGUUCUGGCGCUUUGUUGUCUACCCGCAGACUCUCUCCCGCGGCAACGUCGCCGGUGAGUGGCACAUCCUGCCCGAGCUCCCCGAGCCGCGCGACCUGCACACUGCCACCCUCAUCGAGGGCGCCUCAGCCUCGGCCAUCAUCAUCGGCGGCCGUGGCCCGCAGGUCGCCACCGCAGAUGUCUGGUCGUACUCGGUUCCGAGCUCAAAGUGGACCAAGCUGUACGAUGCCAAGGCCCACGGGCCGUCACCCGACGCGCCCGUUGCGCUUGCGGGCCACGCCGCUGUCCCUUCGGCCCUCGCCCCCGAAAUCGUGGUCUUUGGCCCCGGCUACCCGGCCCUCGAGGCCGCCAUGAAGGAGUCGGUCCCCGACGGCGUCGAGCCGGCAAACGCCGUCUGGGCGUUCAACCUCUCGUCCAAGACCUGGCGCCGCAUGGGCUCGGACGGCGGCGGCCCGCCGCUGCCGGUUGCCGGCGCCUCGGCCGUCUCUACCGACGGCGGCCGCACCAUGAUUGUCGUCGGCGGCGCCACUGUCGACCCCGAAUCGGGCGAGCCGUCGUGGCACUCGCAAUCGCCGUGGCUCUACGACUUUGCCUCCGAGUCGUGGCACCCGCUCAAGUCGGUCAACGAGCCCGCUGGCAUCGUCGCCCACGGCGUCAUCCCUUGCGACGGCCACUUUCUGGUCAUCGGCGGCGAGACCGCCGACCGCACCCCCACCAUGGCCGCCUGGAAUGUCACCCACGUCGACACCAACGAGUAGUGCGUAAACCUGUCGCUUAGCUUAA